GGAGGCGGGCGCCGAGCUUCGGCAAGAGGUCACGGGCGGCUUCCCCGCAGCGGCCGCGCGCAGCACGGCCGGCCCAGACCAGCGGAGCCGCCGCCUCCGCGAGCGCGGGCCCCGGCGCCCCGCUUCGCCAGUUUCGCCACCUUCGCUCGCCGGCCGGGCGGGGGGCGCCUCCGCUCCGGCUCUGGGGGCGCAGGCGUCCACGUGCGCGUCCGCGAGGCUGCACGCCACCCUCGGCCGGAAAGCAGGACGUGUUCCAGUGUAGUGGUUGAAAGUUUGGAGCUAGAAACACCUGGUUUUCUGUCUGGGCUCCACCAUCUAACUUGCUGUGUGACUUCCAACAAGUUGUCUUACUUCUCAGAGUCCGAGUUUCCUCAUUUCUAAAUGGGAUUGCUGAGCAGGUAAAGAAGAUAACACGUACUCCGUGGUUCACACAGAAUACUUCAGCGGACACCUGCUUUUGCCACGAUGCUCUCAUCCACGGACUUUGCAUCUGCUUCUUGGGAGCUCGUCGUCAGAGUUGACCAUCCAAAUGAGGAGGAGCAGAAAGAUGUCACAUUGAGAGUGGCUGGAGAUCUGCAUGUUGGGGGGCUGAUGCUCAAGUUAGUAGAACAGAUCAACAUAUCCCAAGACUGGUCAGACUUUGCCCUUUGGUGGGAACAAAAGCAUUGCUGGCUUCUGAAAACGCACUGGACCCUGGACAAAUAUGGAGUCCAGGCAGAUGCAAAGCUUCUCUUCACCCCUCAGCAUAAAAUGCUCCGCCUCCGCCUGCCAAAUGUGAAGACAGUGAGAUUGCGUGUCAGCUUCUCGGCUGUGGUUUUUAAAGCUGUCAGUGAUAUCUGCAAAAUCCUGAACAUUAGAAGAUCAGAAGAACUCUCCUUGUUAAAGCCUUCUGGUGACUAUUUUAAAAAGAAGAAAAAGAAAGACAAAACUAACAAGGAGCCUAUAAUUGAAGAUAUUUUAAAUCUCGAGGGGUCUCCAACGACUUCAGGUCCACCAGUAAGUCCUGGAUUAUAUAGUAGAACCAUGACUCCCACAUAUGAUCCCAUCAAUGGAACGCCAGCGUCAUCCACCAUGACAUGGUUCAGUGACAGCCCUUUGACCGAACAAAACUGCAGCAUCCUCGCAUUCAGCCAGCCCCCCCAAUCACCAGAAGCAUUGGCUGAUAUGUACCAGCCUCGGUCUCUGGUUGACAAAACGAAGCUUAACGCAGGUUGGCUGGACUCCUCCCGUUCCCUUAUGGAACAAGGCAUCCAGGAGGAUGAACAGCUGCUGUUACGAUUUAAAUACUACACUUUUUUUGACUUGAAUCCCAAAUAUGAUGCUGUCCGAAUAAACCAACUCUAUGAACAAGCCAGGUGGGCCAUUCUCUUAGAAGAAAUUGACUGCACGGAAGAAGAAAUGAUGAUCUUUGCAGCGUUACAGUAUCACAUUAGCAAACUGUCAUUGUCAGCUGAAACACAGGACUUUACACACGAGUCCGAGGUCGACGAAGUAGAAGCAGCACUUUCUAAUUUGGAAGUGACCCUAGAAGGUGGAAAAAUGGACAAUACCUUGGAGGACAUUACUGAUAUCCCUCAACUUGCAGAUAACCUCAAAUUAUUUAGGCCCAAGAAGCUAAUACUGAAAGCUUUCAAACAAUAUUGGUUCAUCUUUAAAGACACAUCUAUAGCCUACUUUAAAAAUAAGGAGCUUGAACAAGGAGAACCAGUAGAAAAACUAAAUCUGAGAGGCUGUGAAGUUGUGCCAGAUGUAAAUGUAGCAGGGAGAAAAUUUGGAAUCAAGUUACUAAUCCCUGUUGCUGAUGGUAUGAAUGAAGUGUAUCUCAGAUGUGAUCAUGAGAAUCAGUAUGCCCAAUGGAUGGCUGCCUGCAUCUUGGCAUCAAAGGGCAAAACCAUGGCAGACAGUUCCUACCAGCCAGAGGUUCUCAACAUCCUUUCAUUUUUGAGGAUGAAAAAUCGGAACUCAGCAUCUCAGGUGGCUUCCAAUAUCGAAACCAUGGACAUAAACCCGGAAUGUUUUGUGUCGCCUCGGUGUGCAAAAAAACACAAGUCUAAGCAGCUGGCAGCCCGGAUUCUAGAAGCCCACCAGAAUGUGGCUCAGAUGCCCCUGGUCGAAGCCAAGCUGCGGUUCAUCCAGGCAUGGCAAUCUCUACCUGAAUUCGGCCUCACCUACUACCUUGUCAGAUUUAAAGGAAGCAAGAAAGAUGAUAUUCUGGGAGUUUCCUAUAAUAGGUUGAUUAGAAUCGAUGCAACCACUGGGAUUCCAAUUACAACAUGGAGAUUCACAAAUAUGAAGCAGUGGAAUGUAAACUGGGAAAUCCGGCAGGUGGCAAUCGAAUUUGACCAGAAUGUCUCCAUUGCGUUCACCUGCCUGAGUGCGGAUUGCAAGAUUGUGCAUGAAUACAUCGGUGGCUACAUUUUCCUGUCCACCCGGUCCAAGGACCAGAAUGAGACACUUGACGAGGACCUGUUCCACAAGUUGACUGGUGGUCAGGACUGAAGCAAAACAGAUCUGCCUACACAGACAGUGAGCCAAGGAUGGUCCUCCCUGGACAGAUGGGAUCCUUGGCUCACCCAAUGUGUAGAGUCCAGACUGACAGACAACCAUAUACUUACCGCUGGUCACUCAGAUGAGGAUCCUUGCCUCAUUUCAAACACACUGCCUAGCAUAUCCCUUUCCUUUCUUUGCCCUGUCCUACCAGUAACAGAGGAGGCCUCAGUUGCCUUUUCUGUAAAAUGGGUAGGUGGAAGACAGGCUAAUACUACUAUAUCCCAGUAUGUAGCUACAGUUCUGUGACUUCCAGAACCUGCGAGUGUAUGGCUAGAAGUCACCAGUGUGCCUUUCUGCUCCGUUGCUAAGUCAGCGGAAAGACAGAAAGGUUAAAAGCACAUGUAGCCAAGGAUCUACCUUAUUCCCUAACUCAGGUACAAAAAGAAAUCUGUCUUUCCUUAACAGAACUGCCUUUAGUUCCCAUAUUGUGAAAAUGGCAGAGGGAGUCCACACUCACACUUUUUCCCUUAUAGGUCAAGGUCUAGGGGAGGGGAGGGGAGAGGUGGGGGUACCUGGUACUAGUUGGUGACAAGGGGUCAGAGCAGUGGCCUGCAGUGUCAUCAGUUCACAGUGACUUCUGCAGAGGUGACUGCUGAUCCAUCUGGUCUUGGACAUCAGUCCCCUCAGGUUACUGCUGCCACCUGCAGCUCCUUUUCCAUUCCUCGGCCACCUUUAAGUCCUUCCUGAUGACACGGGUGACAUAGAGGAACAGGGAAAUCCAUUCCUCAACCCAGCUGCAUGUCUCAACUGCUUCUACUCUGAGCUGGGGCUCAGGAAGAUGGGUCUAGUUCUCUCUGUUCAUAAAAAACACCUCCCUGCAUCCAGGCUUACAAUGGGGUCUCCGUCCCAGCUGGUCAUGGAGAGGACAAACCUCUUCUCCAAGAUCACCAAGUUCAGGGGUUGAUGGCUUCCUCACUGGCUUCCAUCUACAUUUGGUAAAUUAGGAGCUGAUAAUAGACCUUUUUUUUUUCUUUUUGUUCUUGUCAUCUCUACCUCCAGACAUGAGCGUGAGCCAAUUAAUAACUGCCCUCAGUUGUCAUUUUCUGUUUUGGUUUGUCAGCUUUGGGAGGAAUGGGUUUUGAGAAGGAAAGAAGCAGUAUCAGGGGUAGUGGGUAAUAUCAGAUAGCAUUUAAUUAUGUUUUUAUAAAUGUUCUCCUGUCACAGAAAGGACUUGGGUUGCCAGGGUAAAGCAGAGGGUCCAUUUCCAUUUUGAAAUUCUUUUAAGAUCCACUGUGCUUUAUUUUCCAACUAAGACAUUUGAGAAGAGAGAUCUCCACUGCUCCAGGAACCACAUUAAGACAGCCCUGUCUAGGGAACCCCAGGCCCUGAGCUGGAAGCUGUUGCUUGAAAGUCCUCUUUCAGCCCCUCCUUUAGAGGUCAAUGUUCAUGAAAACUCCCCAGGCACCAGCUGAACUUCCAAGGCCCAGCUUAAAUCUAGGAAGUGGCUUAGGCACUUGGAAAGUCUGGUCCACAUCAUAAAGAACUUUGCUUGAAAUGUCUUCUAUACAAACUAGUGCGGAGCAUACUGUUUUACUUGGUGUUGGUCAUUUCUACAUAGUCUUAGGCUCUAUUAUUUUAGAACCUAAGUCAGGUCUUUAAUAUGAUGUCGGGCCCUAGGUUAAAAUAAUGCUGCUUGAGGCCACAUGUCACCUGUCUGCUGCGAAGCACAGCUCUACAUAACUUAACCAGAGCUGGACCUUCAGUAUAACUCUCUUCCUUGGCUUUCCAUGGUUGCCUGACAUUUCUAUGAAAACACUCAAAGGAGGUGACUGGUCUUCACCAAACUUUCCAGGGAACACUUCUUCCAUGACUAUACGACCACAUCCCAAGUGUGACCACCAAAGCCUAAAUGCUGCUAUUCCCAGGAGCAAUGUAAGGACUCUUUUUACACUGGGUGCAAAAGGUCAUCUGACUUCCUAUGAUGAAAUUUUAAAUUAACGUGUCUUUCAGCCUCCUUUGCUUUCUUAUCUAUACUAGAUGGGGAAAUCUGCAUUUUUUUACUAUUUUUAUGAAUUUUUUUAAUUAAAAGCUUUAUCUGGA